GAUUCGUGAGAGAGAAGAGUCGGGGAGGGGGAGAGGAGAAGGGAGGAAGGCCGAGAGGGAGCUAAAGCGGCUCACACGUGAACACAGGCUCGGGAUUUGAUGUGUCCGCUCUUGACGAUCACCACGGUCUCUUCGCUCACCUAAACUCACCACUCACUCACCACGUCGCUCGCCUAAUCUCACCACUCACCAACGCAGCUCACACUCACCAAACAAACUCUCACCGCCCCAUUGUCCUAAUAUCGCCAACCACUCACUCACUCAACACGCCGCUUAACUCGUACCAUCCCUUCGCAGUUCACAGCUCACGUAACCUCGCCACACACGCUGACACUACCACCAACAGCACCAUCAUCUUACCACAUCACCAGCAUCAUCAGCACUACUACCAACAGCACCGGCAUCUUUCCUCACUAUCAGCAUCAUCAGCACUACCACCAACAGCACUACCACCAACACCACCAUCAUCAUCAUCAGCACUACCACCAACCUCACCAUCACCACCACCACCAUCAUCAUCAUUAUCAGCACUACCACCAACAGGACCAUCUUACCUCACCACCAUCACCACCAUCACCACCAUCAUCACCAUCAUCAGCACUACCACCAACAGCAACAACAUCUUACCUCACCAUCAUCACCAUCAUCACCACCAUCACCAUCAUCAGCACUACCACCAACCUCCCCACCAUCACCACCAUCACCGCCAUCAGCACACCACCAACCUCACCACCAUCACCACCAUCAACACUACCACCAACCUCACCACCAUCACCACCAUCACCACCAUCACCACCAGGGUAACCUCACCAUCACCACCAUCACCACCAUCACCAAUCGUCACGCUACCAUCACCACCAUCACCAUCAGCACUACCACCAACCUCACCAUCACUACCAUCACCACCAUCACCACCAUCAGCACUACCACCAACCUCACCACCACCACCAUCACCACCAUCACCACCACCACCACCAUCAUCACCAUCACCACCAUCACCACCAUCAGCACCACCACCAUCACCACCACCAUCACCACCACCACCACCGUCGUCAUCGCCAUGACCCGCCGUCGCGGCCUCUGCGCCCUCCCGCGGCCUCGCGCGCGCCUCCUGUGGCUGCUCGCGCUCGGGGCCGGCGCGAGCCUCAUCUACCUGCAGUGCACAGGUUCCCAUCUCUCGGCUGUGGAUUCCACUGCUGAACUCGAGGCGAGGGCUGCAGAGGUGGACUCUGGGGGUGUCCAGGAUCAUCAGCCGGUGAUACAUCAUGGUCAUCAUCAUCAUCAUCAGCAGCUGCUGCAACAGCAGCAGCAGUAUCAUCAUUAUCAGCAGCAGCAGCAACAGCAGCUGCUACACCACCAGCAGCGGGACUUUCAGAAGCAGCGGAAACAGCAAGAACAGAUUCAGCAGCAGCAGCAGCAACAUCAGCAUCAGCAACGACAUCAACAGCAGCAGCAGGACACUCAAGAUCAGAGGCCGCAGCAACAGCAACAACAUCAUGAUCAGCAGUAUCCUCAUCAUCAGCAGCAGCACCAGCUGCAGCAGUAUAACCAUCCUGAGCAGGAGACCCAGGAGGAGAGGCUGGCGCUCCUUCACGAAGCCUGCUCUAGGUUCUCGUUGAAGCCAAACGUCGCUCUUGCACGACCACCAUCCUCCUCCUCCUCCUACAUCUUUCACCUGCCCCCACGGUCCGUCGCGUCGCGCAUCUUCGUGAGCGACCGCCUGUCGCUGCUCUACUGCGAGGUGCCCAAGGCGGGCUGCACCAACUGGAAGAGGCUCCUGAUGGUGUUGGAGGGUCGUCAUCCCGGCCCCCCGGAGGUCAUCUCGAGGGAGGAGGCUCACUCGAGCGGAGCGCUGGUGCGCCUCGAUUCUCUCGAGCCGAGCGAGCAAAGGUGGAGGCUGCAGAACUACACGAACGUGCUGUUCGUGCGCGAGCCGAUGGAGCGACUCGUGUCCGCCUUCCGCGAUAAACUUCAGCGACCCAACCCCUACUACCAGUCCACCGUCGGCCGCUCCAUCAUCUCGCGCUACCGCCGGAACGCAAGCGCCGAGUCCCUGCGCACGGGACGCGACGUCACCUUCGGCGAGUUUGCGCGCUUCCUCCUCGACCCGCUGCGCCCGCCCGGCUCCGACGACCCCCACUGGGAGGCUGCUCACCGCCUCUGCCUGCCCUGCGCCCUCCCCUACGGCUUCGUGGGCAAGCUGGAGAGCUCGCCGCAAGACUCGGACGUCCUCCUCCGCCGGGCUGGGGCGCCGCGCGGGCUCGCGUACCCGCAGGCCGCGAGGGGCCGUGGCGGUGGCCGUGGCCGUGAGUCGUCGGUGUCGCUCGCUGUGCAGUACCUGUCGCGGCUGAGCGCGGCCACUCGGCGCGCCCUCUACGCCGCCUACUACCGCGACUACGCCUUGUUCGGGUACCCGAGGCCGGCCGCUGUGCGGUGACGAUUUGUGUCGGCGGUGCUGCUGGCGGUGGCGCUGCGGCAGAGGUCGCAAUCGGGUACCCGAUACCCGUACCCGACCCGAUACCCUGGUGCAGCCGGGUACGGGUACGGGUAGGCCGUGAGUUACUGGUGAGUCACCGUUUGUCACUCAUUUCCCAACGUCUUGUCUCUUCUCACAAUUCAAGAUCCUAGAAUCAACCCACCCGCACCUGCAACAUGGCUUCAUCCCAGAGGUCGCAAUCGGAUACCCGUACCUGUACCCUACCCGAUACCCGGCCGGGUACGGAUAGCCGGGUAUCGGGCCAGGAACGGGUAGCCGGGUAUCGGGCAGGGUACGGGUUCCCGAUUGCGACCCUGGUGUGGCCGGGUUCGGGUAAGGAAUCAAAACCCGUUUGCGACCUCUGCGCUGCGGUCACGGCCGCUGACACCGGUGACGAAUUAUCUGCACCGGUCCUGGGCCUCUUCCCCCCCCCCUAGGAAGACUCUGGUGCGGUGUGUAAAUAUCGCCGCUGGGGAGACAAAGGCGGCCGGGCGUGGUGUUGGCCACCCCACCUCCUCGUGUGCCGUGCAGGCCUUCAUAGGUUGCUGCUCACUAACAGCACUUGCCUCAACAGUCUGUUGAGGCUAUACGGGGGAUCUUUGUCUUUGGUGGUGGUGGUGGUGGUGUGACGGCCAGGGCGUUUGGUUGAAUGAGUGGUUUCUCAUUCGGUAUGGCGAAUACAAAACAUAUCAUCCGUACCGUGAAUGCCACGUGUUGGCUCGGGUCAAAUACGGCAGUGGAAAAUGCCGUGUUAUCGAUUGACUAGUCUCUAACGGAGGACUCUAUAGACGAGGGGUCGGCAAAUAAAAUAACAACAUACUCUUUGGUUCUUUCGGUAAAGUCACGUAGAUAGAAAAUUAAUAGAUCACGACGUUUCGAUCGCAACACAAGCAACCGUCAUCAGGUGAGACCAACACAGAGAACAGGUUGAACAACUAAAUAUGUCACGCGUGCCAAUACGAGACAGUGGUGGUCCUUCAUUAAUAACGAUCACGCAGCGGCCCUUAAUGAGCCGCACGGACCUCCAGAGCCGCAGAUUGCCGACCCCUGCCCAUGGUAAACUGGACUUCCAUGGUGAACUGGACUUCCAUGGUGAACUGGACUUCCAUGGUGAACUGGACUUCUAUGGUGAACUGGACUUCUAUGGUGAACUGGACUUCCAUGGUGAACUGGACUGCCAUGGUAAACUGGACUUCCAUGGUGAACUGGACUUCCAUGGUGAACUGGACUUCCAUGGUGAACUGGACUUCUAUGGUGAACUGGACUUCCAUGGUGAACUGGACUUCCAUGGUGAACUGGACUUCCAUGGUGAACUGGACUUCCAUGGUGAA